AUGUCCAGAGCUGCAGAAUCCCUCGCCGAUCCAGAGAUCAAAGCAGAGUGGGAGAAGGAGACGGCAUCCACCUUGAAGCAGCUAGGCUUUCCGACUACUGAGGGCCCUACGAAUGCGGUGCACCUGUUGCCAAAAGCGUCUACAUGCCUCACCCGCCGUUUGGCGGCUUUGGGCGAGUUUCUCAUGGAGCUGGAAAAGGCUCAGAAGGCGGAGGGUGAAACGAAAUCCAAAAACGCAGCGCCGGGAGCUCCGGAAUCAAUCCUGUCGAAGACACUGACCAAGAUGCGGGCAGUCUACAGUACCAUGGAUUCUUGUGGCGAUGUUUUGGGUGCCCUCCAAACGGAAGGCCUCAUGACAGGCUUUUAUGAGAUCGAAGGCAAGGUCAAGGUUGAAAUGGAGACCGCACGGCGAGUGCUGAUCGAAUCCUGGGAUGUCGAGAAUCGUGCAAGGAGUGCCUGA